AUGAGUGUCGAGGCUCAAGCGUUUGCAGCAUGGUCGUCAAAACUGAGAGGAACUUUAGGCCAGACUUGGCUGAACGAUGCUACAGUUUCUGGUGUCAACAUUCAACGAGCGAAUGACGACGAACAGCUUCCCAGCAUGCACGAUCCUAAUUCAAUCCAUUUGACCUGUCCAUGGACAACAGCGUGUCAGGUGUGCACAUAUGUUCAGCAUGUCAACGAGUCGUUCCUGGACAUCCUCCAUACGCUUGGUGAUUGCAGCACAUAG